GUGUUGUCUGAUUAUAAAUAUGUUGGAUUCCUAGAUUGAAGACUAUAAACUGGUGUAGAGUAGAUAAUGGUAACUCCCCUAGCUCCAUCCAUCUAUUCUAAAUUAAUGGCAGAAUCUGGAGAGAAACUGUGACGUUGCUUAGAUUAAAACCAUGCAGGAAUCAGGCUCAGAUCCUUCUUCGUUCGAGGAUUCAUCAAUAGUAUCUAAUCUAAGAAACAGAAUUCUAGAGGCAAAAAGAUGGGCUCAGUAUCAACCAUGGUAUAUUCGAAUAUCUAUGCUGGAUCGAAGAAUUCAAUAUUUAUUCCUUAUAGUUCCUCUUGUUCUUAUCCUAAUUAUCAUACUUGCAGUAUCUAUAAAAGGUGUUGAAGAAUGUAUAUCUUCCUCUGUAAAUUACCGUGGAACCUACUCUAAGACUGAAAGUGGGUUACCAUGUAUUCCUUGGUCACAAACUAAUUCAUCUAUUCACUCUGUUACUCCAGCUAGAUAUGAGGGUGCAGGACUGACGGGUAGUUACUGCAGGGACCCGGAUUACUCAGGACGGGUUUGGUGUUAUACUUCUCCGGAGGAGAACAAAUUCGACUACUGUGAUAUAAAAGAAUGUGAGGUUGAAGGAGCUAAAGGAGUCCUGGAGCGAAGGUUCGGAUCAAGAAUAGGUUCAGCUCCACCUGAUUUCAGAUAUAAACCCAACACUGACACAUCCUGCCUACCUGAGAUAUCUGUAAUAAACCAUAGCCCAACGGAGAUUUGUCUAUCCUGGCAUGCCGGGUUCAGACAUUGGUGGAUAACUCAUUGUUUAAAUGCUGGAAUAUUAAAGGGAGUAUGUCCGUAUGAAGCAUCCACCUGGAGAGCCGGGGGAACAGAUAAAAUUCGGGUGUCUGCCCUUGCUAUCCCUGUAUACAACAGGUUGGUGAACUGCCUCGAAUAUGAUAUUGAGUAUACCGGGGAGCAGGUGGCGGAGGGCGGAAGUAUUCAACUUGACAGUUUUCCUCUCUGUAAGGUUUCUUGUCUACAGCAUCCAAUUUGUAAAGCAUUCGCCUACACUUCUAGUAACAAGGAAUGUAUUCUUCUUCACAAAGUAGAAUCAAAGAAUCAGAAAGUUGGCGUGAAAUCUGGAGCACAUACUUGUAAAACAAAAGAGAAGGUUGGUUGUCCUAAAGAAGCGAUUAAUAUUGGAGAUUUAUGCUUAAAUUUCCUUAUUUCUUCAACAGGAAUUUGUCAAGAGGGGUGUUCAAGGUUCAGAGCUAUGGAGGAAUGUGAGUUGACCGGGGGAUAUCUCGUAGACAAACUAAAUCCGGAAACUGCAGAGCAGUUGUUUAACCGGAUCAAGGAGGAUCCAGAAAUCCGGGAUACAGAUUGGUGGACUGCCGGAUCAGAUAUGAGUAAGCUGGGACGAUUUACCUGGGAGCGUGAGAGUAUUGAUGUACCAAAAGAUUUGAAACUUUGGCAAAAUACUUCCGAACCCAAUCCCAGGGAUACGCAUUCCUGUGUUUUCAUUGCAAGAAACAAAUCCUGA